AGUCUUUCACCCAAUCACACGCCCUCCUUCACGGUCGGGUUCGCCAUGUAUGUCCGUGGCUGAGGCAGCGGGUAUUUAAGGCCGCGUUCUGCAGACAUGGGCAGCAGUGUCACCUCUGCAUUGGCUGGAUCAUGUCUUCCCUGAAGGUUGUUGCCGCCGUGCUCGCCCUCGUGGCAGCCGGCGCCGCUCGCCCAGACCACGGAGCGGGAGCUCCGCCGCCUCCCCCGGCCACCUACGGGGCACCUCCACCCACCAGCUACGGUCAACCCGAGCCAGAGAAUGCGCCACCCAAGUACGAAUUCAACUGGGAGGUGAAGGACCAAGACUCCGGUAACGAUUUCGGCCAACAGGAGUCCCGCGACGGCGACAACACCGAGGGAUCCUACUACGUCCUCCUCCCCGACGGCCGCAUCCAGAAGGUCACGUACACAGUGACCAAGGACGGCGGCUACUUGGCAACGGUGGAGUUCGAGGGGGAGACCAAGCAGGAGCACACGGGUUACGGCGAAAGCAGCCCCCCGCCCCAAACCUACGGACCACCAACCACCCCACCUGCCCAAACCUACGGACCACCAACCACCCCACCUGCCACCUAUGGCCUGCCUACCACUCCUCCUGCCACCUACGGCCCACCCACCACUCCCCCUUCCAUUUACGGCCCCCCUACCCCCCCUCCCACUACUUACGGUCAACCGGCUGCUCCCGGCCACGCCUAGACUCCACUACCCUCUAGACUCUAGAGUCUAGACUCUAGAGUAUUGUUACAUGCUUUUUCUUCUUUCUCUGUUUCUCCCCAUCUCUUCUCUCUCUGUCUCUCUUUCCAGCAUAGGUUAACUAACUUAUUUGUUUAAACAACAAUAAAUGAGCACCAGACGAC